CCAUCAACAGAUUUCCCCUCUUAGUGGGGUUAAAUCUAAGCGGGUUCAGCCUCGCGCUAGGAACGCCUUGACCAAGUGGCUCAUGGACUGUGACUAGUGGGUAAUCACCUCGCCCCCUUCAAUUUUCAAACAGCGAAGUCCACCAGCGCUUUUGUGACAUUUGGAUGCAUAUAUUUGCUAUUCAGGAAAAGCUUAAACAAAGAUAUGAUCAUCUAUCUUAUAACUGGAUCCAAAACUCUCGGAGAUGUCGUAGUUCGAAGAGUGAGAUGUCCUCAAGCUCUUUGCUGAUUUUUACAGUCACGAAGGGCCAAGUCCGAUGCUGGUCAGCCUGCACUCAUAAGUUGCCUUGCCUUUUCCCUUGUCUGUUCCCUUGCCUUUCGUAAUCUACUAUUCCAAGUUACUACGUAGAGAAUAGUUCGUGAUCUUAUGGGACACGAUGAAGGCAAGAUCAGAAAGUAAGCACCAAGCCAUUCUCUGAUUUUGCUUGCCUAGGAUCAACCGUGAGUGUGGUUAGGCUGUGGGUUACUGAGCUAUCCCAAAAUCGCCUUUGGAUGCUGUGAGCUGACUGGAAUCUACAAUGAUGAUACAAACGAGGACCACGGAAAACUGUCUGUCGCCCAUGGAGUUCUGCUAACUUAAAUCAAUCAAAUUGGAUCAAAGUCAACAAACAGAGUGGGUUCGCUUACUAAGCAGGAGAAGGUCCACAAUCACCAAGCUCACGUCCACGCUAGCGCCUUUCGUCGCGAGUGCAAGAAAUAAUUCAUAAACGCGAACUAUACAGUCGUCGUGAACAGCUCCACCUCUCCGCCACAACCACCUCACCAAAUAUCAUCCCCACCGACAGCUGACUCCCAAACCUCUUCCAAGACUAAAACUCGUCAUGGGAUCGCUCUUCGAACAGCCUCGGAACGCUGGGACUCUGUUCCUCGGCGGCACAAAGGUCUCUGGGCAAGAUAUACGCGAAGCAAAUGUCCUUGCAACUCAGGCUAUUGCAAAUGUCGUCAAGAGCUCCUUCGGACCUUCAGGGUUGGACAAGAUGAUGGUUGACGGUUUGUAAAGCUUCGGAUACGAGGGAGUACAUGCUAACUUCAUGUCAGAUAUUGGCGAUGUUACCGUGACGAAUGAUGGCGCAACUAUUCUCAGUCUCCUAGAUGUCGAGCACCCUGCAGGAAAGAUCCUGGUCGAUUUAGCACAACAACAAGAUAAGGAGGUUGGUGAUGGAACAACAUCUGUGGUUAUAAUCGCAGCAGAGCUUCUCCGGAGAGCGAAUGAAUUGAUGAAGAACCGGAUCCACCCAACAACUAUCAUCACCGGCUAUCGGUUAGCACUCCGCGAAGCAGUAAAGUACAUGCACGAGAAUAUCAGUGUCAAAGUUGACCAGUUGGGCCGUGAAUCUCUGAUUAGUAUUGCCAAAACCUCCAUGUCUAGCAAGAUUAUUGGAUCAGACUCGGAAUUCUUCGCCAACAUGGUUGUGGAUGCAAUGCAAGCAGUCAAGUCAACAAACAACAGACAGGAAGUCAAAUACCCAGUCAAGGCGGUUAACAUUCUCAAGGCACAUGGAAAGGGUGCUCUGGAGUCUAUCCUGGUCAAGGGCUACGCAUUAAACUGCACAGUCGCGUCUCAAGCGAUGAAGACCCGAAUUGUUGAUGCCAAGAUUGCCGUUCUCGACAUGAACCUGCAGAAAGAGAGAAUGAAGCUCGGAGUUCACAUCACAAUCGACGACCCUCAACAGUUGGAGGAGAUUCGCAAGCGGGAAGCUGGUAUUGUCAUGGAUCGUGUGGAGAUGAUCCUGAAGUCUGGAGCAAAUGUUGUUUUCACAACCAAGGGCAUCGAUGAUUUGUGCCUGAAACUGUUCAUUGAGAAGGGAGCUAUGGGAGUACGGAGAUGCAAGAAAGAGGAUCUUCGCAGAAUUGCCAAGGCAACUGGUGCCACACUGAUCAGCUCCUUGUCGGACCUCAAUGGGGACGAGAAGUUCGAUGCUUCGUCUUUGGGUCACGCCGAAGAAGUUUCUCAAGAAAGGAUCUCAGACGAUGAGUGCAUUUUGGUAAAGGGUACCAAGGUUCACACAUCAGCUUCCAUCAUUCUCCGAGGAUCCAAUGAUUACCAACUCGAUGAGAUGGAGAGGUCUGUACAUGACUCACUUUGUGCUGUCAAGCGAACUCUUGAAAGUGGUAGCAUUGUCCCAGGUGGCGGUGCUGUGGAGACAGCUCUUCACAUCUACUUGGAGGAAUUCGCUGGAACCGUCGGCUCAAGGGAGCAACUUGCCAUUGGCGAGUUUGCUCAAGCUCUCCUGGUCAUCCCAAAAACACUCGCUGUCAACGCUGCCAAAGACUCUUCCGAGCUUGUCGCACAACUCCGUUCCAGACACGCACUCUCCCAGCGAAUCCAGGACGGAGAUGCCAAUGAGGACGAGAAGACUAUCGCCAAGAAGAAGAACUACAAGAACUAUGGUUUGGACCUUACGAAGGGCAAGGUGGUGGAUGAGAUCAAAGCUGGUGUUUUGGAACCGAGCAUGAGCAAGAUUAGGCAGUUGAAAUCUGCCGUAGAAGCCUGCAUAUCGAUCAUGCGAAUUGAUACGCUUAUUAAAUUAGAUAAACCUGAAGCAGGUGGUGAUGAUGAUGGACAUGGUCACUGAGAGCUGUUUUGAGCGAUGCUUGUAAUAUAAUGAGACUAGAUCGUGGAGCUGUCAGUAGCACGAAAUAGAAGCCUU